AUGGCGAAGGGAAAGUUCGCGAGUCCGUUUCGACGGAUGUCUCUCACGCCUGCCGACAUGAGCGAGCUCGAAGUCGUCGCCGAGGGCAUCGUCGAUGCCAACUUGGCUCACUAUCUGCUGUUUUGGGACGUUGAUAACCGCAAGGUGAACCCGAACGCGUGGAAGCUGACCAAGUCCAAGGACCAGAUGCGUUCGAUUCUCUGCGUCGGAUUGAUUCCCGGUUCCCUGGACGACGUCAUGCUUGGAGUCAUGAGCCCGACGCUCGAGAUCACACGAACCAAGGCCUCAUACGUGGACGACCUCAGUGGAGCUGCAGUUCUCUCAACAGUGAAAGAACCGACCGCAGCCGACCCGUUCAAAUCUUCAGCGGUGAAGUGGAUGGAGUUGGAUGUCCGUCGCCGAUCGAUGGGCUUUGUCAAGAACCGCGACUAUGUCUACGUCGAAGCUACGGGCGUCAAGAACCUGCCCAGCGGUGAGAGCGUGGGCUUCCAUGUCAUGCACUCCGUGGACAUCCCACAAGCCCACGACCUCUCCGGUCGCGUCCGAGCCAAGCUCUCGGUGUGCUCCUUCUUCCAGCCUAGGCUGGAUAAGUCGGUGGCCGUCUACGUCAUGGCAAUCAUGGAUCCGAUGAGCGACAAGAUCCGCCGCGUUGUGGCGCCAUGCUUCAUCAAGAUGCUAUUGUCUACAGUCAAGUACGCCCAUUGCGGGGAGAUGAGGAAGCUCUCGCAGGCUCUGAGCGAGCGCAACGCGGAGUCGAAGCAUGCUGAGCCUCCCAGCGGGGACCAUAACUGCAUCACGUGCAUGAAGCCAAUGCGGGUGUGGCGCUUUGGCAAAAUCAUGGGCCACCGCAGUGCUUGCAAAAUGUGCUUCGGGUUCGUUUGUGGCUCGUGCAAGAUCGAGAAGAAGCUCAGCUGUAUGAGUCCCAACAUGAAGAUGACUCAACGGAAAGUCACGUUUUGCUCGUCCUGUGUGAGCGAGGCGCUGACAGCCACACCGUCCGAGAUGCGGAACGCGAGCAAUUGCUGGAGGUGGGGCACGGUCCUGGACAACGAGGCAUCAGCAAUCUCUUACGACUUUGCGAACACAAGAUAG